AUGACGCAGGAAACCACGCAGCCAAGCCAGACACAAUCUCAGACACAAGAGCAGAGCCAGCAGUCGCAACAAGAAGAAGGGGGUGGCGGAGAUGAAGGCGAUGGUAGUGCAAAAGCGGGGGCUAAAGGAGGAGGAGAGGGGGGGGGCAAGCAACAGAAAGAGAAAUUGGAUGAGGUGCCGCUGAUAGUCCCUCCGGCGGUGUGCAAGGACGCCAAGGCGUCGCUGUUGGUGCACCUCAGGGACGAAGCGCUCAACUUCGCUGGUGACACCGGCGCGAUCGGGCGAAUCUCGGUAGGGGGCAAGAAGAAGGGCAGGGGGCUUACGUUCGACCUCAAAGGGCAGCAGUUUAGCGGACAGAUCAUUCCUUCUGCCACGGUAAUGGUGGUCGGGAUUGGGAAAACGGAGGCCAAGGUGGAGGGCCUGUUCAGCGAGGUCUGCCGCCUGGACUACAAGGGGAACGUGUUCGACGCCAUGGGCGGGGAGGUGCUUAAAGGAGAGAUGGACGACUCAUACAAGUUCGAAGAAGAGGAUGUAAACGCAAGAGGAGGUGCCGGGGGGGAUGGAGAUGGGGGGGGGCGGGACAAGGGGGAAGAAGGGAAAUCCCCAAAAUUGACCCGAAAAAAGUCCUUCGGCAAGGGAAGAGGUGGCUCGUCUUCCGGGGCUUCGUCGGGAAAGAGAGGCGGAGGGGCCAAGGGUUCGGUUAGCAAGAAGGCGAAAAAAUAG